AUGUUUUCUUUGUUGACCGAAGAAAACAUCUUUAAUACCCUACAGUAUAGAGGCCAGCCCACCCCCAAAACUGUUCGUGUUAAGAGUUCUGUCUCAGGGGUAUUUGUGGUGAUAACAGGCGAGCGAACGAGAAGAGAGGGAGCUAGAAAACAAGUCUUUGCUCAAGAACUGAGAUGUUCGCGUCUACGGGUGCUUGACUUUAUAGCUGGAACUCGGCCGACGUCAGCACAGCGCAUCCUAUUGGUCUCUUUGGGCUUGCGCUUGAACCACAUUCCUCAACUUCUCCCCCUCGUGCCUGGCUUGUCGGAUUCUUCGGCCAUCGUCUUCUCUGCUCCCUCCGGUUCCCCAGAAUCUGACAGUAUUAAGUUAGCUAUACCUAUACUGCAGGGUAUUGAAGAUAUUUUCUUUGUUAACCGAAGAAAAUAUCUUCAAUACCCUACAAUAUCAAGUGACAAGCACGCACUCGGGCAGCCAUUUAUCAUAGAUGUCAAGACUGCAAACCAAUAUGCGUUCAAUCGACGGUCAAAGAAUGAACACCCCCAGAAACUCCAACAGAAACUCCAAAUUUCUCAACCCUCACAAAGCCACUCCAGUCUCACACAGUCAAAGGACUACUCCCCCCCCCAGAAGCCCCACAAGUACCACAACUUAGAUUCAGAUGGGUCUGCUCCCUCCGAGGAAUCACUUCAAGCUCCUGCUGUCCUAUCAGGACAGGCGGAGUGCGCUCUCUCUGUCAAAGAUGAACGCAAGUUCAUGAAGUUGCUUAGUAGACCUUACUGUGGCAACUCUAGUGAUACCAAAGACGGUACCAUGGAUCAACAAGUAUUUUCGCGUGGCUUGGAACACUUUGAUCAAGAUGGAGUUCACUACGUGAUCGCAUACAAAGAAGCUGCCCAUGAAACUCAACGGGCUCAUUUUGCUGUGUCCCAGUGGGAGAUGGAGGAGGCCUCACAGCUGAGACACCUUCGCCAAUACAUUCAUGCGAGGGAGAGAGAACUUCUUCAUGCAAAAACCGAAGAAGUCGAAUCAUUUAUGAACAUGCUGGUUGAUCGGGACGAUAAUCAAGUCACUGCUGACCUUGAUUAUCUUGUCACAUCCCGCGAAUCCGAGCGUAUCACAUUGGACGACCUUGACAAAGAUCUAGACACUCUCACAGACCAUGCCUUUCGCACCGGCAUUCUGAAGCUGUUAUCAGCUGAUUCUAGCGAGGAUCGAUCCGAAUUCGACGACACGGGUGAUCACGAACACGAGGCCAAUGGAGGUUAA